AAACCACUGACUUGCGGUCCAAGACACGUCAACCUUGCGGCUCUCAAAACUUGCCGUCGUCCUCCUCAGACUUCUUCUCUUCGCCAUGCCCCUGUGGUCGCGAGUGGUGUCUAUAUCAAUGGAGAGCGCGACCAAAAGAAGACACGCUCAUCCUUCCUAUACUCCCUCGCCAUGCUCCUGAGGACCUACCGGGGCCGCCGCUCACGGAAGCGCCGCAUCCUCUAUGCAAUACUAUACAUCCUCCUGGGCUUCUUCACCUACGACCUCCUCACGAUCCUCAAACACUACCGCGAGUUCUCCAGAAGCCUCCUCUCCCACACCUACAGCGAAUUCUCGACCCUCCCCUCGCCGGUCCAAAACCAAAAGAUCUUCAUCGUCGCACAAUUCUGGACUAAUGCCGCCGUGAUACAUGACCGAUGGGGCCAGGCCCUGCUCGACCUGGUCGGUGUAUUGGGCAAAGAGAACGUCUACAUAUCAAUCUAUGAGUCGGGCAGUCUCGACAACACCAAGGAGAUUUUGAGAAUCCUUGACUCGGUGCUGGGAGAGAGCAACAUCCCACGCACCAUCGUUCUCGACGACACCACCCAUGCCGACGAGAUCAACGCGGGACCUCUUGACGACCAGGGUCACCCGCGGCCGGGUUGGAUUCAGACCACGACCGUCGGUGCAGGGAAAGAGAUGCGCCGCAUCCCCUACCUCGCCCGCUUGCGCAACAAAUCGCUCGAGCCUCUCUUCGCCCUGAAAUCGUCGGCGCUACAGUCCCAGACCUUUGACAAGGUUUUGUUCCUGAACGACGUCGUCUUUCGCCCCUCGGACGUCCUCUCCCUCCUCGCCACGAACCAAGGGUCCUACUCGGCCGCGUGCGCCAUGGACUUCCACUACCCCCCGGACUACUACGACACGUUCGCCCUGCGCGACGCAGACGGCUACGGCACCAUCCACACCAAGUUCCCCUACUUCCGGUCCCAGGAUUCCCGCGAGGCCCUCCUGGCCGGGCGCGCCGCAAAGGUCCAAUCCUGCUGGAACGGCAUGAUCGCCAUGGACGCCGCCCCGUUCUACGAGGGUCUGCGCUUCCGCGCCCUGAGCGACAGCCUGGCCAGCAAGCACCUCGAGGCCAGCGAGUGCUGCCUCAUCCACACCGACAUGACGACCCGACACCUGGGCGAGAGGGGGGUUUACGUGAACCCGGCGGUGCGCGUGGGGUACACGAUCCGCGCGUACAACAUGACGCACGACGGGCCGGAGCGGACGUUCGUCUCCGCCACGCAGUACGUAAAGGGCGUCUGGGCGAACCGGGCGCUGCGAAACCUCCUCCCAGCCGCGACCCAGAUGAUGAAGGAGGUCGACCGGAAACUCCAGCGCUGGAAGAAGGAAGGGGAGAACUCGCUCGAAAAGAGGGAAGAGUCCGGCGAGCUUUGUAUCAUCGACGAAACUCACAUUUUGAUUUCGAAUGGGUGGAAGCAUGUCUGAAAAAACGGCCCAUCAGCGAGGUGUUUAACAUUUCUUUGGCGAUGGGUUCUCUUGAUCGCGGCCCUGCCUGUUUCGUCACUAUACCUUUUUCCUAUUUUUUUUCGUUUUCUCUUGCGGCGAGGCAUGAAUUUUUAUCAAGGAUGAAUAUAUAGACAAACUUUUUGUAUACUUUUAGGUAUCUAUAGGUCGGUCAUCCCAUCGGGCAAAGGUUGCAUAUAUAGAAGGAGCGAGGAAAAAAAGGAAAUGGAAAAACGAGAAAAUCUAUCAAUAAAACAUCG